CGCGUACAGCCCGGGCAUCCAGGGACUUCAUGAGGAGAUAAUCGACUUUUAUAACUUCAUGUCCCCUUGUCCUGAAGAAGCAGCCAUGAGAAGGGAGGUGGUGAAACGGAUCGAAACUGUGGUGAAAGACCUCUGGCCCACAGCUGAUGUGCAGAUAUUUGGCAGCUUUAGUACAGGCCUCUAUCUUCCAACAAGUGACAUAGACCUGGUUGUCUUUGGAAAGUGGGAACGCCCUCCAUUACAGUUGUUGGAACAAGCCCUCCGGAAGCACAACGUGGCUGAGCCGUGCUCCAUCAAAGUUCUUGACAAAGCUACAGUGCCCAUCAUAAAGCUCACAGAUCAGGAGACUGAAGUUAAAGUCGACAUCAGCUUUAACAUGGAGACUGGCGUGCGGGCGGCAGAGUUCAUCAAGAAUUACAUGAAGAAGUACUCGCUACUGCCAUACUUGAUUUUAGUUUUGAAACAGUUCCUGCUACAGAGGGACCUGAAUGAAGUCUUCACGGGCGGGAUCAGCUCCUACAGCCUCAGCUUAAUGGCCAUCAGCUUUCUGCAGUUACAUCCAAGAAUCGAUGCCCGGAGAGCUGAUGAAAACCUGGGAAUGCUUCUUGUAGAAUUUUUUGAACUUUAUGGAAGAAAUUUUAAUUACUUAAAAACUGGUAUUAGAAUAAAAGAAGGAGGUGCCUAUAUUGCCAAAGAAGAAAUCAUGAAAGCCAUGACCAGUGGGUACGGACCAUCAAUGCUGUGCAUUGAGGACCCCUUACUGCCUGGAAACGAUGUUGGGCGGAGUUCCUAUGGGGCCAUGCAGGUGAAGCAAGUGUUUGACUACGCUCACAUUGUGCUCAGCCACGCUGUGUGAGCCACGCUCGCCAGGUCUUACCCCAACAGGGAUUCUGAAAGUACUUUAGGAAGAAUCAUCAAAGUCACCCAGGAAGUGAUCGACUACCGGAGGUGGAUCAAAGAAAAGUGGGGUAGCAGAAUCCUCCCGUCUCCAGACCUUGACAACAGGAUUAAGAUAAAGGAGAGAAUUACCACGUGCAAUGGGGAGCAGAUGCAGAGUCGGGAGCCCAGCUCCCCUUACACCCAGCGCCUGACUCUGUCCCUGUCCAGUCCCCAGCUGCUGUCUUCAGGCUCUUCUGCUUCUUCCGUGUCCUCACUUUCUGGAAGUGACAUUGACUCCGACACACCGCCCUGCACCACACCCAGUGUUAAUCAGUUCAGCCUGCAAGCACCCACUACCCUGAUGGCCAGCCUGCCCAAAGCCUUGCCAAUGCCCAGCAGCAAACCCCAGCCUGCUGCUUCCAGAACGUUGAUCAUGACAACAAGCAACCAGACCAGGGUUACUAUCCCUCCACCAACCCUUGGAGUCGCCCCUGUGCCUUGCAGACAGGCUGGUGUGGACGGAACCACAUCUUUGAAGGCUGUUCACAGUGUAACUUCCCCAGCCAUUCCCUCGGCAUCCCCCAACCCACUGUCUAGUCCUCAUCUGUAUCACAAGCAGCACAAUGGCAUGAAACUUUCCAUGAAAGGCUCCCACAACCACACUCAGGGUGGCGGCUACAGCUCUGUGGGCAGUGGAGCUGUGAGGCCUCCUGUAGGCAACCGAGGACAUCAUCAGUACAACCGCACCGGCUGGAGGAGAAAAAAGCACGCACACACAAGGGACAGCCUGCCCGUGAGUCUCAGCAGAUAA